CUAGCGCCAUCGCCACUGCCAUUAGUUAAAAAUGGCGGACGAAAACAUCUACUGCGGAAGCUGGAAGAUUACGAAAUGCAUAUCACUCGCGGCGGGCACGGAAGUUACAGAGGUGGAAGGCACCGUUUUCACAUUGGACGAAAGCGGCGACCUGUCGUGGACGAUCCCGGACAAUGCAGCCCAGAUGCCUUUCUUCAGCUGCGAGACCUACGAGGUAUUCCUCGGCAACCCACACUACAUACGGUUCUUUGGAACGUUUGCUGGACACAUGAUCGAAUUUCGGGUGGCGCAUGCGGAUGAAGAUGGCAUCAACCUUAUCUACGAGGGCUGGUGUGUGCUGCAAUGUGUCAAACUCACAGAGAAAGAAUUCGGCUAUGCCGAGCCCUUCUCCUACCUGCCCGCCCUGGAGGAAGGAUACUUUUCCGACGCCGUCAUCACCGCCGAAGGCGGAAAAGAGUUCCCAGUUCACCUCACCCUGCUGCGGCUAAGCUGUCCAGCCGUGGAGUGGGUCACGGGCAAGCCCAGCCCACUGGACGGGUUGCCCGAGGACGUCGUCGCGGCAGCGUUGCACUGUGCCUACGCCGACUGCCUGCCGCCAAAGCUGACCGAAGCGACAGCAAGGGCGUGCGUCUCGCUGCUGAGCCCGCCGGCUGCCGUUGGAUUCGACCGGCUUGUCCACCUCUGCGAGCUCUUCCUGCGCAACAUGGCCGUCAAGCAACGUGUGAUGUCACUUAUGAACGACAUGCACCAGUGUGCCGCGACAGUGGCGGACUGCUUCAAUGCGCCGUCCGGCGGCAGCGGAGGAGAAGGCGGGGCCGCGGAAGGAUCUGCGUCGCCCACGGCGAGUCCCGCCCGACUCUGUUACGUUGUGGGCCAGGCACUGCGGGAGUGCGCCGUGGCAGCCGCCAAGCUGCUGCUCUUGUGUGGCGUUUUCUCGCGGCACAAGCACUUGCUCUCACGAGAGGAGCGGCAGGACCUCAUCAAGCACUGCGUCUCGAGGCUGCCCACGUUUAUGAACCAGCUGCAAAAACUUCUGGAGGCCGUGAAGAGGACGUUUGGAAACCUUUCAUUUGCAGAAAGGACAGUUAUCGCUGCAUAUGUUGUACCAGAAAUUGAGUCUUCCCUAGAGUCGCUGUUCCAGCUCAUUGCAGAAGCCAAGCGAGCCCUGGACCUUAUCAUCAGUCGAAUGACCAACGACAAGAUGACCACCGAACCGUAUGUCACCGACCUGCCCGUCGGCGAGAUGCUCAACCGGAACCUCAGAAACUCCCUAAACGUACGAGAGUUGGUGAAGCUGCGAAGUUUCUACGAAAAGGUUUUCAUGACCUUCAUCACUCUCAUGCGGAAAAAGGAAAGCUUCUGUGACAUGGGGGGUGGCAGCAAGAUUCGGUCGGUGGCGAAGAACUUGGAACAGUUCAUCGAUGAGAUUCCCAUGCUGCUUCUUCGGAUCGAGGAACUGCGGUCGGCCGUGCUCGAGAAGCAGAGUUGCAAGGAAUGGAAGUUCCUGUUCAAGCUGGGUACCUCCAAAGUGGCAUGGGUGCUGAACAAGCUGGUGAGCCACCGGGAAACGCUGCACCUGGUCAUGACGCGCCUCUGCGACCUGGUGGCACGGGACCAGUUCACGGCAGCCCUUGUCGAGCUGGGCAUCGUCGUGCCGACACCCGAGGUGCACCAGAACGGGGCAGAGGAGGACGACGCCGCCACAGUCAACGCCUCCCCACCCAACAGCACGACGGCAAGGACGGCAGAGGUUGGCGGCGUCCUCUGCGGUAGCAGUGCCGGAUUGGCUGCGGCCGCAGCUCCUGCAGACCCCGAGCGGCCGCAGAGCGCGCCGAUAGAGUCGUUGUGUCGGCCACCGCCAGCCAAGGAGAGCCGGCUUGCGAGGGACAGCCUGCAGCUCUUCCUGGACGGCAAGGGCACGGACAUGUCCUUCGAGAUCGUCGCAGCACCAGGCUACAGUGGUGAUUCGAGUCCGGAGCCGGUCAACGACGCUGUCUCAGGCGUGCGCUGGCAGAUUGGGGCCCACCGAGUUGUCGUGGCGACCCGCUGCAAUUGGUUCAAGAAGGCGCUCCUGAGCGGCAUGCGGGAAUCCAUUGACAGGAAGAUAGUGGUGCACGACACGCAUCCCGAAGUGUUUCAGCUGUUCCUCGAGUACCUCUACCGCGGCUGCCUCGAGUCGCGGCAACUCACCACCGAGCAGCUCGUCGAACUCAUGCAGCUCGGAGACCGGUACGAGGUUGAUGUGCUGAAAACGAUCGCCGAAGACGCCCUUCGCGACCAUGUGGACGAGGACUCGGCCCUGUUCUUACUCAACUUGGCUGACCAGCUUCAUGCUAGGAAUCUCAGGAAUUCAGCGCUCGAGUUUAUCGCCAUCAACAAGAAUGUUGUAAAAAGCGACGGCUACUCGGAGCUUCCAGAUGACCUGCAGACCGAAAUCAUGGAGACCAUAACCUGGUUUGAGCUCAGGAGUUCCCAGCGGCCCGAAGAUGUGAUACCAUUUGGGUGCCAGUUCGAGCCUGCCAGUCCCAGCUCGGCGUCGUCCAGCCUCCUCGACAUCGACGAGUUCGCUUCAGCGCUGAGCAUCUCCGGAAAGGAGACCGAUGCCACACAGGCGGACCAAGGAGCCGCGCACUCGAGCGCCUGGAGUUCUCUGGAGGAGCUCCCACUGACGCAGGACUCCGCGCAGCUCGAGGUCUGCGUCGAGCAGCUGCGCGACGUCGUCGGCGAGGCGGUGCCUCGCGAGGCGCUCGUGCAGGUCAGCCUCGCAGCCGACUACGACGUCAACCGAGCCCUCAAUUUCUUCUUCGCCUGAGGAAGAAAAAGAAAGAGCGAGGAUGGGCCGUAUAGCAGCGUUGAGGAAAAGAAAAAAAAUGCGACGAGUUAUGGAGGAGUUAAGGGGGGGGGGGGGGGGCAGGAGAGGUGGCAUAUUGUAGAUCAAAGAUGUUGGCACGAGGAGAAAUAGUUUGGCGGCCCUCAGAUCGCAGCACUCGGCGACGUUUUGUCGACGAAAGAAAAAGAGGCGUCAUAAUAGGGAUGUGUUGCAUGCUUAGCUGUUUCCAUUAUUACGAUUGCCGCGCUUGCUUGGACAAGUUUGGGUGGGUGUUUAUGACUUGCCUUCUUUUAUUGGCAGGUAUCUUGAAUUCCACAUCCACAUGUUGAUGUUGUUGUCGGAGGAUCCAGUCAUGCCGAUUGCUUCUCCCUUUUUUUUUCUAUGUUGGCAAGUUUCGCAACGUGCUGCUGGUUGAAAUUAACAGUUGUCACGAGAUGGGCUGUGUGGACAUUUUGUUUUGAAAAGGCCUGAGCUCCCUGGCGUCGAGUCAAGAUCAUCAGGCUCGGAGAAUCGAGGCUGCUGCGAGCAACAAAUGUGCGAGCCUGUCUAUCUGAGCAAGUAUGUUGUAGCCUUAAAAGAAGUUCCUCUCUAGCUUUCUUGUGCAAGGUACAGGUACUCGAUUUGAGGUGUCUCGGUUGUGGAAGGUUUGCCGCGGUGAAAAAAACAAGAGGAACUGUCAAAAGAACCACGGCACAUAUAGACCAUGACAUCUGGCGAUUCUCCGCAGAUCCACACAGUUUGGUGCGUGCUCACUUUAAUUUGCCCAUGGCUCGUUAUACAUGCAACAAUAUGACGUAUAAGUACAGUGUGGGAAAUGGAAUGCUGGUAAUAAUUACGCUGCAGACUAAAGCAAUGGUUAUAUAGUGGUGUGCCAGAUUAAGUGGAGCUCUGUAUCCUUCCUCGACGGGCAUCGUCAAAUCAACUUAAUCUCGCACCUGCUUUAUGUGCAGGCUAACAUGAAGGCAUCGUUCGUUUUCCGCCUUACCGUAUAGUGUACUUUUUGCUGCUCUUCGUAAAAAAAAAAAGGAAACGAAAGGAGGAAAAAAAAAAUGAAAGCGGAAGACAGCAUUUCAUAUAAGAGCACUGCCUUAGUAACGAAGAACAUGUGCUUUCUUGCUGUGAGAAUAAGUGCAGUGCCAACUGACGGGCGUGAUUGCGGAAGACUUGCUGAGAUGCUCUUGCAGAUUGUGAGCGACUGGGACUCGUUGGUGUGGUGUGUGCAGAUUUUGUAGCGCAUAAUGCAAGGCCAAAAGUGACAGUAAACAACCUGACCUAGCACUAGGAGUGCUAAGCAUUUUUUGGUCUCUUAACGUUCAGGGAUAGUGCUUCCAAUAAACGUAAUUGGCUAGGCUAACGGGCAGAACACCCAGUGAGUCACUCCAGCGAGGCAUCACUUCAAACGCCGCCAGGCCACUCAGAAAUGAAUGUAUACCCCCCCAAAGUGAUCGACCGAUAAUAUGGCUGAAGUGUUCAAAUGCCAUCUGCCAGUCAAUUUUUGUCUUCACAGAACGUGUGGCUUUACAUAGCAGACCAGGAGUCGUCAGACAUUGAUAUUCAAAGAGCCGCGGGAAAUUUAUUUCCUUAUUGAUUGAUUGAUUUGUUUAUUUAUUUAUUUUAACAUCUCAAAACUACAGCGGGGCAGCGAGAGGCACUGCAGUAGGGGCACCUACUUAGCAUUGACCACCUGAAGUCUAACGUUAAUCUAAAUCUAAGUACACUGGCAUUCUUGCAUUUCCCUGCGAAUGCCACUGGGAGUUAAACCCACGGCCUCAUGCUACCACAGUGUGUCUUGAAAGACAAGUUCACUGUAUUGUUAAGAAUCACGACAAAGCAUGGGAGCUGACAAAGCUCGAUGCAAUACCAAGCAGAGGUUGAACACAGGUAACCAACACACCACAUUGACACAGUAUUGAGUGCGAUUGAAAUGGUGAGGAGGAUAAGGUAAUGAAGGUAUGAAAGGGGAAGCAAUUGAUUGCCUUAUAACUCGCCACACAUGAGACACAUCAAGAAACCUCUUUUUUCAAAAAUACGCCCCGCCAUGCCGAACACAUUCAACGCCUUUCUUGAAAAGUGUCGCGGGGCUCCUUUUAGGAAACUCUUCUGGAAUCAAAUGCACUGAGGGUUAGGCCAUGUUUGCCACCUCCACUGGCUGUUCUUAGUCCUUGCAUUAAGCGCCACAAAAUCUGCAAGAUGCUUUCGUUUGAACACAUAUGUUGUUACCCUUGCAUCCUUGCUGUUGUGUGCGUGUCCGAGAAAUAUUGAGCGAUAUUGUCGUGCUGCCACCGUUCAGCACAUUCUCUUUGUCAGCCCCAUUCAAAGCCAUGGCACGUAUAGGAAGAAACAGUUCAAAAGAUUUUCGUAAUCCUCAUUGAGAGUUCUGAUAAUGGGACGCAUGCAUUUGUACCACGUCGCGUCGGCAAGCGACACUUUCGUGUGGUUCGGGUGAUUGCGGUAUGUGUGUGACUGUUGUUGCGCGCGACUUGGGAUGUCAGGGGGGGGGGGGGGGGCUAUUGGAACAUUUCGUGCGCGCCAGCUGUGAGUGUUGUUGUGGAUUUUCGAGAAUCGCUGUGGCUGAUGCCUCGCGUUUUGCAUUUUACUUCUCUUCGAGCGAGAGGAACGACAUUAGGAAUGCUGGGAAUUCGAAAGGUGUGUGUGUCUUUCAUACACGCUGCGCUCUGUAAGCAGCAUUGUACGCUUUCAGAUGCGAGCGCCUUGUGAUGUGUGCUUGAGAACCUGAGCUUUUUGAGCAGUGUCUGCACUCGCUCUUGUUAGAAGUAUCUGCUGGCGUUAUGAGCACAUAACUGCAUCGAGUAACUUGGCUUGCGCACAUAUAGCUGAUGGUGUGUCACUGUUUGAAGAGCCGGUGGGCCUAAGUCAGUGCGCUGUUUCAAAUGGUCACUGCUUUAGGCUUGCAAUUUUGUCAACCAUAUUCUAGUGCGUUAUUUAUGCAACCCUCAUUAUAGCUAAUUAUAGCUAAUAGCUUGAACAAGGGCAGUUCCCGAAGUGACAUCUUGGAAGCUGGAUAUCAAGUGUGACAGUACUAGUAACAUUGUUUUGUUCGACUAAGGCAUUUGUCACUUUUCUACGUGAUCCCCUUCUGCGUAUUCCUGUCGACAUAUGGAUAAAAAAAAGAAAGCUUAGGUAUGUUGGUAAUUGUGUCCUAAGGACACAGUUUUGCUGUGCGUAUAGUUGUCUUUGAUGGCGCAUGAACCAAGUUUGUUGCUGAGGGCGCACCAGGUGUUGUAGUGAGCAAGGAAACAAGGUGAUUGGGGCGACAGGUGCCACAGAAGUGACCAUGUGUGCGUGGUUUGCCGAAAACUUUUCUGCGCGAGCUGUCUUUCCGUGAGUGUAGUUCUUACCAAAGCACUCGAAAGAUAUAUAGUCUCAUCUGAGUCCCCUCAUUCGCAUUACUCCUUUUACCACUGGCAAGCCCUGUCGCUGCGACUUUCUAGUUUCCUUCAAUGUAUAGUCAGGCCUGCAUGAUUCUGUUUUGCAUGCACAUUGCAUACACAGAUGUUGACUCCAAUCUUGACCAAGAGUGGUCAUUGGGCUAGUCUAUGGAACAUGACAAAUAUCGCACUGUGUUAAGAGAAGGACACAAGUAUGUUCCUGUGUUGCGUCGUCUGCGUUCGUGUGCCCUCGUCUCGACGUGCUCCUACAGUCUUAUGCAGCCGACUCGUCUUGAUUCAUACCCGCGAGGACCAUUGUUAUUUCCUUGAUUUGACGGAAGUUGAACAAAUGUGACCCGAAACAGAGUUCCAAGUUAUCACGAGUGUACGCGACUCUGUAUAUGACUCUCCAGCAUUCAAACUACAUCAGUUCUAGGGAACUGAUGAGUGGCACCGCCGCUGAAAGCAUCUGACUGGGUCAGUGGCGAUGUGUCGUAGUGGCGUCUGCCGGCAUAUACAGCCGCCUAACUUGUGCGUUUUGGCAGUUUGUGCCCCUUACAAACGUUAUCUCAUCAGUUGUUUAUGGUGUUGCUGCUCUGCCCUUGCGAAGCCAAAAGGUCUGAGCUAAUUGGUAAGCCUGCUUGUUGUUAAAGCGGCAGCAGUACGCGCCAAAAACAGUGCACUAGCCAGAAUCGUUGGGUCUUGUUUGAAUCAAUGGGAAUAGCAAGCCAGCUGAGUUUGAAUCGUCACGAGCCAGUCGUAAUUGUCAUCCCCACCAAAUGUUUGUGAAUUCACUGUGCUACUACUAGUCGCUGCACUCUGAUUAUAAUUUUUUCCUGUCUUUAUGCUUCUCCUAGUAAGCCCCGUGAAGAGCUCAUUGAACUUGUGUGCUAAGUGGAGUUUGUGUGCAUAGUGGAGCUUCAUUGUAUUUGGUAAGUCUUACAGAGCUAAGGAGCUUCACAGUGUGUGGAGGCUUGGGGUAGUCGGCGUUAGCUUGAGGUGGGACCUUGCUAUAGCGGAGUCGCAUCCAGCACGAUAAUACCUUUGUUAUAUUCAACAUUUGCUAUGAGCAUGUUUUUGACACUGAUGUUGGUGAGAAAUAUUGUAUAUUUACUUCGUUAUAUCCAAAAAUUUCGUUGUAUCUGUAUCUGUUGUACUCGGGUCGGAUUGCAUUUGCGGUUUCCUAGUGUUAGAAUGCACAUGAAGGACUGCAGGCAGUAAUUAAAAAGCUAGCUUCCAGUGACUUCAUUUUACUAGUAAAAAGGCAUUUCACUAGCGCUUAACGCUUAUCAUUGGCCCCGAGUGCCAUAACGUGAAAGCCGUCUCGAGGGGAAUGCUGCAUUAGCUCUACCUUUUUGGGAGAGAAAACGGAUUACUCGGCGCGUGCAACAUGUUACAUCACCUCUGUGAGAGUUAGUACUGAGAUAUGAUAGUUCUGCUGUUAGCUUAUGUGUAAUGUUGUUGGGAGUUACCGUGACAACAGGCUCUUGAGAGUUUUUGAGCAUUUUCUAUUCCUUUCCGUUUGUUUUUGUGAUGUGCCACUUAAGUGUUGCGAUAAAGGCACAAGGCACGACUUAGGUAUUUUUCACCUAUCUAGAGAAAGUGGGACUUAACCAGUGUGAUAAGCAUGGAGACAGAUGAUCUUAACCUUUUCUUUUUUUUUGCUCGUCCAGUGUAUCGGAUAGUUUGAAGGUAGUGUUUAAACUUGCGUUUGUCUCCAGUCUUUCAUCUACUUCCGCAUGCUAGAAAGCUACGAAGAACCACCUUCCUUUGAUUUACCAGAACAGAAGGUCUACAGUAGCCAUCAAACGAUGAAAUCCUUAUUGGGUAGUCUUCCAUUUCUUCAUGGCUUUGCAACGAUUGGCUAAUUCAUGACGUGCAUCUUCUUUACACUGCCAUGCCUUGGUGUGGUUCAUUAAACCAUUCUGUUGACUGAAGACAGCCUACUCACUGCACUUUUCUCAUAUGAUGCUCGGAAAAGCCAUGCCAUCUUCAGCAAAUUCCUUUGAGUCUAUUUCAGUUUAGCGGACUCUCUUGGAGGCUUCUUAACCUUAAAAUGGAGUUCCACCGUGUCAUAAGCUGAAGCAGUUUUUAUUAUAACAUAGCCUUCUAUGCUUUAUGCCAAAGAAAUCAGUUUAACAUGUAUAACUUGAGGUCAUGCUUCCCUAUCAUGAUAUGUACCCGCACUGUUUCACAGUCUGUGCAUUUAGCCAAAGAUAUCAGUUUAACUUACGCCUUGAAGAAAUGCUUCACUAUCGUGAUAACCACAUUGUUUUACACUCCCUGAAAUGGGAGUUUGUUCAAGGGCAUUGAAAACAAUGCUGGGUCUUAAGCAUCUUUUGGCCCCUUUCACAAGCAAUCAGUCUUUCGGUGUCAGCUGUUUUCAUGUUGCUAUAACAAAAAGCUUACUAUGUCAUGUAAAUUGAGUUCCAGUUUCUCUUGGGUCCACGUUUGGUGUCGCCAUCAUUUUGAGAAGCUUGAAUGACGACUGUGUACGGCAAACGUGUUUGAUCCGUUUUGUACUAGCUUGUGCACAUUCCCUAUCAGGCUGUCACAAUAGCCAUGUAUCAACUGUAUGCUCGUACAGUUUUUCUUUUUUUUUUUUCCUCCUUAAGCCUGUCACACAAGCAUCGGCCGGCUAGUAAGUCUGCACUUUAUUAUGGAGUGAUGCAUCAGGAGGUAGUACCAACUAGUACAAGUGCACUGAGCUUGGCCCUGUGCAAGUGCCGGAUUGGAUUGGAUUCUGAAUUUAUGCCUCGACAUGACUAGGGGAAAAAAACUUGGAGGACGCUUAAGCUUCGCCUUUAAGAGUAGAACGCGAUAGUGUUAUCAGGACCCGUUCGCAUCGCAUCGUUCGCAUACGGCAAGUAGGCUUCACUCACUGCAACACUGAAAGUGGGAAAGCCAGCUUACAAAGACCAAGCUUACACUGAUCCCCUUAAGUCGGCUUCACUUUUAAACUGAAAUGCAUUGCUGGAAAGACGUUUUUGCAGGGACAAUAUAAGUGGUCAUAUAUUAAAAUGUGAAGGCCCUAGCACCUUUAUUAUUUUAUUAAUUGUUUGCUAUUGCCCCGACGCGCGCAGGUUUGGUAGAAAUUUUUGAGUUUCCUCGUAGCAGAAUUAGGUUCUCUCAUACAUUCAAAUUACAAUCCGACGCCGAUUGGUAAAGUCGUACUUUACCAUUUUUCUGACGGAUUUCACUGUGAGAAAUUAAAUUUUUGUUCACCAAGACCUUGCACCACGUGGAAGGCCUGCGCGGUCGAUGUGGUUGGAUGAUUUUCUCCGUCACCUUGAUCACACGCCGGUUGCCGACGCCGGAUUUUCUGCGACACGGGGCCCUAAACGCUAUCGCGUUACAAAAUAACGGAGCCUAAACAAGGUUCUGGCCCUUGCGUACUGGACCCUUCCACAUAUUAUGGGCUCAGCAAUCAUGGCAUUGACCUGCCUGCUUAUUUUCAUCAGCUUCCUAUUAUGUUGCCCAAUCCAACAGCAUCAGCACUUAGUUACCGGCCACAUGUCUGAUAAUAGCCUUGUACUCAAGGCUCCCAUACCAUCUCUAACUUGGAGUAACCUACACCUAAUGACUUUCUAUGCAAGUAAUACCUUAGUUACAUAGGCCUGCUAACCAUUGUUAUAUAUAUAUAUAUAUAUAUAUAUAUAUAUAUAUAUAUAUAUAUAAGCAGUUGCAGCACUUAACUGUGGUUAGGCCUAACAUGUGGCUAAGCCUAUCUGUUAGGCUUAGGCCGUAACUAACAUUCAGCAAAGCAGUGGUUAGCAGGCCUAUGUAACUAAGGUAUUACUCGCAUAGAAAGUCAUAAGUGUAGGUUACUCCAAGUUGGAGAUCGUAUGGGAGCCUUGAGUACAAGGCUAUCGGACAUGUGGCUGGUAACUAAGUGCUGAUGCUGUUGGAUUGGGCAACAUAACAGCCUAUAUUUAUGUCCUGCGGUGGACAUAAAUAUAGGCUGAUGAUGAUGAUAUAUAUAUAUAAAUGCAGUCUUUCAACUAAACCUUGUUGCUGCAUGUAGAAAUGGGCCUAGACAUGUUCACUGUAGCUUAGUGGAACUGCAGUAGGCCUAACUGAGGCUCACCUCAACAGUGGCUUGCUUGCCUCGUGUACUAAGCUGAAGCUUGUUCGAAAGGCAGUGGUAGGGGUGUUAGGCAUGCAAACGCAUCAGGCUGGAUCCAUCAUACGAAAGAGUUCGGCAGACAACAUUUGUAUGUAUGUGCAAGUCUUGCACUACUCCCACCACUUCUACCACUUUUCUCCACGGCCAAGUGGUGAUGACUUGCCUGUUGACGCUCGUGUGACAGUUUUAAAAAAUUUAAAGGCACACUCAUAUGUGCAGCAGCAAUGCUGUCAUGCUCAUUAAAGUAGGCAGUGGUGACCCGGUCUUCUUUUUUUUUUUUUUUCUGCAGACGUUUCUGCAUGCCUUGCUAGUGUAAGUCUUAAGGCUCUGAACUCGGCGAUCAUACAUGUGUGUCACUUAGUCAAGGCUUGUGAUCCGCCUUUCAUUAUGAACGAGAGCUCGCUUGUUAAACUUUGAUCUAACAGCUAUAAUGCUUAGUGCAUAACAGUUCACAUAUGCAUGUCGACGAGAGCUUGCCUUUGCAUGCGACGUAUGGUCAUUGUAGCUCGUUGGCAGUCAUCAUCGAAACCUCAGGUCCCGGCCCUAUCGUGUUAUUCUUCUUUUUUUUAAGUCAAGUGCUGCAGUGUUGUUUGUCAGCAGCAACAUACUCCUCCAGAUUUGCUCUUGCGAGACGGAACGCACCGUAGAAUGCUCUCAAGCUGAGAUUGAGAUUUGUUCUUUGUUCCCAAAGUUUUUUUAUCCUCGUUGAGAGUGUUAAGUUUAUGCCCUUCUAAGAGAGAUGCAUUCCAGUUUACGUCGCACACACCUUUUAAGGUCGCAUUCGUCCAGAUUUUACGGGCCGAGGCCACGACCUCGUAUGCUUGCCCGACAUUAGCAUGCUGUUAGCCUUUCGUAGUAAGAGAGGAAACUCAGAUGCUAGACAAUCUAGUGAUGAUGCAGCUAGGCUGACAUCGUUGUUGACAAGAUUUCGAAUGUCGGUUGCUUGGUGGACCGAUGUCAAAGAGGCCCCGAUGCCUGUGACGAGCGAGUCCCUCGAGUGGGGUUACACUUAUUUUUAGACAAGAAACAGAUUACUGAUAUCCCUGAAACGCACCUUUGUGUACGCAUGGUAAAGUUAUAAUGUGAAAUUGGAUGCACAGUGCAAAUGGAAACUCCGCAGCAUAAAACAAAUUGAAAAAAAAAAGAACACUUUUACAUCUUUUUUUGAUUAUCUUGGUUCUGUCCAUCUGCAUGGCACUGCAUGUUUUUUUUUUAUUUUGGCACAAGUUAAAUUUGACACCCUGUAUAAACGGCAUACGCUUUAGCUGGCAUGUCUUGAUAGAUGGUUAUUAGUGGCAGUCUUAAAUUGAGAUAGCUAAAUUAACAAACUUGAAAGCCUGAUAUAUUGCUGAUUCACUUUAUUAUUAUUAUUAUUAUUAUUAUUAUUAUUAUUAUUAUUAUUGUCCAAAAACAUCCAAAGCAGAAUUUCGUUAGUUUGAGUGUACCUUAUUAGUAGGUGUGGUGUGAUUAGUGCACAAAUAUUUAGCAUAAAAAAUUAGGCAGGCUGACAUGCUCUUGUGUUGUGAGCUGUUCAGUGCAUUAUUUCAUGCAGGUAACCUUAAAACUAUUUUUAUCUCCAUUUAUCAGUGGAUCUGUAAGUGGUUGUCAGCCAUCUUGCACCUUCCGUUUAACCAAUUUGUUUAGUGCAAUUUUAAAGAGACACAGGCCAUUUUGUCACACCAAAAGUUAGUACUUAGUACAUAACAAAGAGAAAUUCAGCUGUGCAACUUGUUUACACAAGCUUAUCUACCGGAACUUGCAAGUCAAUUGUUGAGUUGCGAAUGUCAUACAGUCAUGUUUUGUUAGCUCAGAUGAAUAGCUGAGUCACGAUGAAUGAUUAAAAGCUCAAGGUUGAGUUCGAUGGACCCGCAGAUGAUUUUGUGGAGUCGAAAUUUUCACGAAAUUGGUGCAUGAGUGUUAUCACGGGAUUAGUAACUUGUUCAGUAAGCCGGCAAAUCGGUAGAGUCCAAUUUCAUUAACCGGGGUUCGACUGACGAAACCUGGUUUUUAAGGAAUGUCGAAGGGAGCCGCAAAGUUAUUUCACCAAAUCGGGAAUUAUUUAUUUGAACUGAAGAAUCUAUAACUUCUGUGACUGCUUGUAAUGAAGUAGCAGUUGUGUUUUGUUGAGCCAAGGCUUGACCGUUGGAUUUUGAAGCACUACGUUUCUGGCAGGCCAGCUGCAUCGGUCAGUCUUUCUCUACUGUGCCUGUGACUUUUGCUGUUCUGUAAUUAAUUAUUAAUACUAACUAAAGUUGAAUAGAUGAAACAGGUGCUAGUACUCACUAUCUUUUCUUUACAGCCUCCAGUAAGGUUAGAGCACCGCUAGCCAAACGCUGCUGUUACAUUCCUGUCCAAGUCUGCGAGAUGCCUGUCGGUGUCGGCGUUCUUGCACUUAUUUAACGACAAACAGUUCUGUAUAUUUUAUGUUAAGCUGCUUGUCUUCUUAACGAGUGCUACAUUUGUGUGAUUCAAUAAGCCUGUGAUUUAUUUGUUCUUUUUUUUUUCCCAGCAUUUUGCUGGUGUCCACAUAGGUACACUUAUUUUUCAACAGUGUUCUUUGAUGUGCUAAGUUGUUGAAACAUUGCUACACAGACGGCAGGUACACGGGCCGGCAGACGCGUCCUGUCCUGUUUGUCCUUAUUCAAUCCCGUCUGUCGUUUUUGGUGUGCAUGUCUGUUUGCCCCUGCAUCCCGUCUGUCCUUAUUUUAUGCUGUCUGCGUGUGCGUGUCUGUUUGCGCCUGUCGUCUCGACGUAGCAAUUGCGUGUUUUGCUGUUGCAUUAUCCAAGGCGAUCCUAAGUGUAGACAACACAGUGCAAAACAGUUAUUAAUUAUGAUACUAUUAUGAACAGGUGUACAGACAGGCCCAGGUACACACACAGAUGUGUACUGUCUCGUGAAUCACACUUGUCUUAACAGUGGUCGAAUGGUCGGCCGAGGAGCGUGCCAGUAUCGCGUACCAUUAGCUGCUGGGUUCAAGGUUUGUUGGCUACAUGAGCAUGGGAGUUGUGUACCUGGCAUGGCCAUGCGCGGCCUUAUUGCAACGUCGGCCUGCAGUCAUAUCAUAUUAUCACUGUACAUUCCAGAGUAAUGCGUACAUUCAAAAUGUACAACACUACAUUCAUGUAGCUUGCGCAACCCGAUUAGAAAAGGCUCCUUGGGUAUCAAAUCGGCGACAACAUUCAAGAAAUUUCGAACACGGUAUGCACGACUUGCUAAAGUGAUAAAUCGAUAACGGUGAUGCUGCGGUGAAAAACGGCCACCUUCAGAAAGCAAGACAGUCCAGGCGUGAUAAUUAUUUUUGAUCUAUUCUGACUAAGGAUCUGAUCACGAAGGAUCUAGUUAUCCUUUGCGAUCCUUACUGGUUCGGGCAUUGUCAUCGCUGCAAUCAGCCACUCUGCGCACAUCCGGGCAGCGUCAGAGCCACUGAGGAAACGCCAAAAUAAUGCAGCGCGUUGAAGAACCCUUACGUAAUACGGCCUCCAUGCUUUCUCGCGAGCAUUGGUGACUAAGUCGGCCACAUGACCACUAUUUUAUUGCAGUUUUUAGUAUAGGUUCUUUUAUUUUGCACCGUGUUGUCGCACGCUUCAGUCGUCUUUUAGUACAUACGCAUUUGAGUUCCUGUACACCUCUAGUGCUUGUAUACUAAUGUUGUUUUGCGCUUUUUAUUCUCGUAUUCUCCGGCAACGAGUGCUGCAUUUUUUUUUUCUUUAAACAUUGUUUGACUCGUCAUGUGCGGAGAGAAAAUUAUGGCCUAAUUUUGAGAACUCUCUUGUCGUUAAAGCAGUGGGUAAAAUCUAUGCUAUUUUUCCCCUCUACCUUUUUUUUUGUGUGAGGAUUUUGGGCCUGUCUCAUGUUUUAUGCCUCUAUAUAUACAUAUACAUAUAUAUAUUAUAUAUAUAUAUAAUAUGUUGCUGUUGUUGCCGUAGUUUAUUGACAUGCUGUUGCUGAUGACUUCCCGCGCGCUUUCAUGUUGCUGCUCGGGUCGUCACUGUGUAUCGCUUGCCUGUGUGUACUUGGGCCAUGUUGCGAGUGUUGACCUGGUGUGUCUGACAAACUUAGCGGCGAGCGCGCUUCAGUUUCUUGUGCAAUAUUUUAACGAGUUUGGCACCUUCAUACUCUUGCUCGCUAAGUGACAACUUGCCAUUGGAGGUGGAAGCUUGUGGACCACUGUAAUCCAAAGUAGGCCAGUUAUGUCUCGUGAGUGAUGAUGUACUACCACCAAAUGUCUUUAUAAUGAAGUGCUUGGGGCCUCCAAUGUUCUUCGUUAUACAGGUCGCUUCGUUGUAAAGGUCGCGCACUGCACAGCUCACAAAGAAACGGGACAUAAUUUUUUCGUUAUACAGGUCAUUUCAUUGUAAAGGCGCUCGACUGUUUAUUUUCUUUCUCGCUUUUAGGUGCAGUGGUAUUUAGUUGUGGUUUGUAGGUAUGGUGUUGUUUACUGGUCGUGUAUAAUGUUCAGCGAUUCAAACGCGAUAAUUGGCUUCCAUGGCAGCUUGUGCUUUAUGUGCCAAUGGUGAGUGCUGUGGACGCCGAGCUGAUGCAUUGUGAUAUACGAUGAAUGCGAGGGCCUUUGUAACACGUUGUGAGUGCAUUUGGCCCCUCAGCGGUCACCCAGCGGUCACCAGUAGUACAAAAAGCACCGGCCACCAUGUGGGCCGGUUAUCGUGUUUGAAUCACUGAGCACUGUACUGUACGGUACACUGUUUGGCUAUUGCUUGCAAAGGUGCGUUAUUUGCAAAAAAGCUGUAGGCAACAUUCGAAUUAUGCUGUGAUUCCGUUUAAAGCUUGAUUUCUUCUUUGUACGCAAUGCACGACUGCUUCCGAGUACAAAAUUUUAAAAAGCCUACCCUUUGGUUUUCAGUAAUCUACAAUGCUUAUAUAAGUAGAUUAAAAGACAUGUGCAGAUGCAACAGCACAUUGUCAGCGCUGCAAAACCACGCCGUUUAUCAGGUUUCCUGAAUAAAUAUUCCCAAACAUAAAUUUCAGAUCAACCUGAGCCAUAAUUGUUGUUUUGUGAGACAGCAUACAGCAAGUGGGCUGCUGCACAUAAUGGCUGUUGGCAUACAUACUGAAGCCUGUGUGCGCACUCCCGUGUCCAGUCCCCCCCUGUGGUUCCAGUGGUCCACAAGCUUCUAUCCUCAAAAGUACACGACCCAGAACCGAAGACAUUUUUCGAAGCGUCGCCACAGAUAUUGUGGUUGCAGAAGUUGAAACCCUCCUUGUGCUGCUAACACUUCUGCUUCUAGCUGUUAGCGUGGGCUUUUCUUUUCUUUUUUUUUACCACAUUUGCUUGCACAGCAUGAAGCAGUGAAAGUGCUGUCUAUAUUUGGUUAAUCUUCAAAACAAUACAAGAGAAAUUUCUCACUUCAGCACAAGACAUUUGCUGAGUGGACGUUUAAUUUUGCAUUUUGUUCGCAGGCCAUACAAAAUGUUGCUCAGUAUUUUGUUAGUUAGCGAGAUGUUUAUGGUUCAGUCUAGAGUGUUUCAUGCCUAACUUACUAAAGGCAGACAUGGCACUAGUGUUUAUGCCUGCCGCGUGUAUAGGGCUUUAUCUGGCACAGAAAUGAUGGCCAGUAUGUGGAUCCCUCUAAAAUUCGUUUCUUUAGCUUUGAACAACCUUCCGGGUCCUUGUGUUAGGCUAAUACCGUAACCUCAAAUUUGCCUAAUGUACUCUCCGAUUUGUACUGUCAUACUGUUUUCAAAGCACUACAAUUAAUAUAACUCUCUGAGAUGUCUGAAAUAACCCCUCCACUGGGAGUGCCAUUGCCCAAAAGCCAUCCAGAUCUAGCAACAAACAAUUGGAAGUGUCGAGACAUAUUUAUUCAUUCUAAAUUACAUGAGAGAAUAGAAUAAAUGCGAGCGUAAAACAUUCCACUGCUCUGAAGAAAUGUUGCACAAUCAGCACGCAACACAGCUGAACCAGAAAGACUUGUAAAAGCUAUCACUUUGCUUUGUCAACUAAGCCAUGACAAAUUGUAAGAAAAUCCAUGUACUCUCGCACCUUCUUACAAUGAAGUCACACGCCAAACAAAAAUACAUUCGUUAUAAGCAUAUAUUUGUUGCAUGCUAAAACGACUAGAAGCUUAUUUACUUCAUUACAUCUGAUAAUUCGUGGUACCCAUGUUCAUUACAUCAAAGUUCAACUGUAAUACCCAUCAUUCUCGUGGUGGCUUGAACUGCAGUGCUAGAUUUCUCAUUUUAGCAGGAAACUAUGGUUCAUUUAACAUGAAUUAAAUUAUGGUUUACUUUUGCUUUUUACUUAGAUUCAUCGAAAAAAGAAAAUUAAGUUCAGUUUCUGUGCUUCGAAAGCCUUUCACCAAGUACUAUUGAAUGUCUUCUAAGGGUCACAUUUCACUUCUUUAUGCAGCCCAUGCCUAGGUGGCGCCACUGUGCUUAGUGUUGCCCAUCAGAGUCGUCGGCAGUGACUUGGCAUGAAAAAUUUGUCUCUUUUUUUUUUUUUAGAAUUUCACACUUCUGUACUCUGCCCCAACACUUUGACUGGUGCCGCCGUGCAAACGAGUUUUGGCGAGGGUGUUUUGGAGUUGUUUCUGUAUCUUUCUAGACGCCGAGUGUGAUUUAUACCGCCAUGCCCCCUGUGAGCAGGGUUGAUCUGUUUACCCAACAACCCCUUUGAGAGGAGCUGGUAAAUAAACGUACUGUGAAACUUU